AAUGUCUUCGCCCUUCGCUUCGUACCAUCAUUUCGCUGCGCAAGCAUGACAGGUGCUAAUGGCGUAGACCCGGCUACGGUCUUCCCGCCGCACGAUGCAACGAGCGCAUUCUCCUUCCCUCAGGAGGAGCAAAAGGUCCUAGCAUACUGGCGCAGCAUCGACGCCUUCAAGACGUCGCUUGCUCAGUCAAAGGAGCAAGGACGCAAGCCAUUCUCAUUCUACGAUGGCCCGCCCUUUGCAACUGGUCUCCCUCACUACGGUCACCUCCUCGCAGGCACUAUCAAGGACGUCGUUACUCGCCACGCCCACUCUACAGGCCACUACGUCGACCGCCGCUUCGGUUGGGACUGCCAUGGUCUCCCAGUCGAGCACGAGAUUGACAAGAAGCUGGGAAUCACAGGCAAGGACGAUGUCAUGAAGAUGGGCAUCAAGGCAUACAACGCAGAGUGCCGAGCCAUUGUGAUGCGAUAUUCAGAGGAAUGGAAGGCGACGGUCGAGCGCAUGGGAAGGUGGAUCGACUUUGAUGGAGGUUACAAGACGAUGGACACUUCCUUCAUGGAGACCGUCUGGUGGAUCUUUGCUCAGCUCCACAAGAAGGGGCUCGUGUACCGCGGCAUGAGGGUCAUGCCGUACUCGACUGGUUGCACAACGCCGCUGUCCAACUUCGAGGCUUCCAGCGACUACCGCGAAGUGCCAGACCCCGCGGUCACUGUCAGCUUCCCCAUUGCUGAGCCUGCGGAGGAGAAGGGUGCAUCUCUGCUCGCGUGGACGACGACACCGUGGACCCUGCCCUCCAAUUUGGGUCUGUGUGUCCAUCCUGAAUUCACGUAUCUCAAAAUCAAGGAUGAUGCAAGCGGCAACCUCUACUGGAUCCACGAGUCGCUGCUCACUACGCUCUACAAGGACCCCAAGAAGGCCAAGUGGAGCAAAGUCGACUCAAAGAAGGGAAGCGAGCUCAAGGGCUGGCGCUACGAGCCACUGUUCCCAUACUUUGUCAAACAGUACGGCGAGCGGGCUUUCCGCGUCCUCAACGACACGUACGUCACUUCGGACUCCGGUACAGGUAUUGUCCACCAGGCCCCCGCCUUUGGUGACGACGACCACCGUGUUGCCAUUGCGCAUGGCGUCAUUGAUAAGGAUGAGGCUCCACCCUGCCCCAUUGACGAGUCUGGCCGAUACACGGACGAAGUGCCUGACUACGUUGGCCAGUACGUCAAGGCAGCGGACAAGCCCAUUCAGAAGGACCUCAAGGAGCGCGGACGUCUCGUCGUGCAGAGCGUCAUCCACCAUCAGUACCCCUUCUGCUGGAGGUCGGGUACGCCGCUCAUCUACAAGACGAUCCCGUCGAUCUUUGUCAAGGUCGAGCAGGUGCAGAAGCAAUUGAGCAAGAACAAUGAGACGACAAGAUGGGUGCCGCAGACGAUUGGAGACGGGCGAUUCGGUAACUGGAUUGCGAACGCGCGUGACUGGAACGUCUCACGCAACCGCUACUGGGGCACACCCAUCCCGCUUUGGGUCAGCGAAGACUGGGAGGAAGUGGUCUGCAUCUCGUCCGUCGCCGAGCUUGAGGAGCUCUCUGGCGUCAAGGGCCUCACCGACCUGCAUCGCGAGUCCAUCGACCACAUCACCAUCCCGUCCAAGCAGGGUAAGGGCCAGCUCAAGCGUGUCGAAGAGGUCUUUGACUGCUGGUUCGAGUCGGGAAGCAUGCCGUACGCUCAGGCUCACUACCCCUUCGAGCCAGAAAAGAAGGCCGCCUUCGAGGCUUCCUUCCCCGCCGACUUUGUCUCCGAGGGUAUUGACCAGACGCGUGGCUGGUUCUACACGCUGCUCAUCCUCGCCACGCACCUCUUCGACACGGCGCCGUGGAAGAACCUGAUCGUCUCGGGCUUGAUCCUCGCGGCUGACGGCAAGAAGAUGAGCAAGUCGCUGAAGAACUAUCCGGACCCCAACCUCGUCUUCGAAAAGUACGGCGCUGAUGCUGUGCGCAUGUACCUUGUCAACUCGCCGGUCGUGCGUGCGGAUACUCUGCGCUUCAAGGAGGAGGGUGUAAAGGACACGCUCGCUCAGGUCUUUAUCCCUUGGCUCAACUCAUUCCGCUUCUUCCUCGGCUCGGUGAAGCUACUGGAGAAGGACCACGGCGUCAAGUUCCAGUACCAAGAGCACGCCAAGAAGAGCGACAACGUCAUGGACCGCUGGGUGCUUGCGCGCUGCCAGGGACUGAUCCAAUUCGUUCGCCAGGAGAUGGACGCGUACCGCCUCUAUACAGUGACGUCACGACUGACGGGUCUUGUCGACGAGCUCACCAACUGGUACAUUCGCUUCAACCGUCGACGUCUCAAGGGUGAUGGUGGGGUGGAGGAUACGGUAUCCGCGCUCAAUUCGCUGUUCGAGGCGCUCCUCACCCUGUGUCGCACCAUGUCGUCAUUUACGCCCUUCAUCACUGAGAAUCUCUACCAAGGGCUGAAGGUCUUCAUCCCGCCCAACGCCGAGGCGUCCAAGCAGGAAGACACGCGCUCGGUGCACUUCCUCUCCUUCCCCGAAGUCAAGGAGGAGUACCUGGACCCUGUCAUCCAGCGUCGCUUUGCCGCAUUGCAAGCGGUCAUCGAUCUCACGCGCACAGUACGCGAGCGCAACAGCCUCCCCAUCCGCGUGCCGCUCAAGGAGCUCGUCGUCUUCCACUCCGACCCGCAAUUCCUCGACGACGUUUCUCACCUGGCCUCAUAUGUCACCGAAGAGCUCAAUGUGCGCGACUUGACCCUUACGCAUGACGAGGAACUGUGUGGCGUCAACUUUGUGCUGCAGGCCGACUGGCCGGUGCUGGGCAAGAAGCUGCGCAAGGACAUGGGCAAAGUGAGGAAGGGGCUGGGCAAUGUGACGAGCGCGCAGGCGAAAGAGUACGCUCGCACUGGCAAGAUCAUGGUGGAGGGCAUCGAGUUGAGCGAGGGUGACUUGCGCGUUGUACGCCAGGUGGAUGCAGAGGCGGCGAGCAAGAGGCGGGCUGAGCUGGAUGGAGCUGAGCAGGGUGUGACGUGGGCGUCGAACACGGAUGGCAAUGCGGUCAUCCUGCUGGACACGCUGGUGCGUCCGCAUCUCCAAGAGGAGGGAUCAGCGCGCGAGCUCGUAAACCGCAUCAACCGGGCGAGGAAGCGCGCGGGCUUCGUAGCUACGGAUGCUGUGGAUGCUGUCUACACGUUUGGCGAAAAGGGAGAGGCGGGAGAUGUCGAUGCCCUGCGCAAGGCCUUUGGCGAGUACAGCGACUACUUCCAGAAGCAGCUGCGAGGCAGAGUGCCGCGUGAGGAGGGAGAGGGGGACAAGGAGCUAAAGGCUACGUUGGAGGAGGAGACGGAGAUCAACGAUGUGGCGAUGCGCAUCCGUUUGAUCAAGUUGUAG